ACUUUCAUUUCAUUUCCAUUUCGGGUCAUGGUCAACAAGCCCAGAAUCGGACAGAAUGCACAUUCCUAUUGAGGGCACAUUUGUCUCGGUGAAGACGCUUCUUUUUAUUUUGGGUAUCUUAAUCAUUUUCUCAAAUUUUAUUUCCAUGUCGGGUCAUCACCACCUCUUCCUGUAUCUCCUCAAGCCCUAUAUAUACCGCGCAUCUCACUCCCCUCUCUCAUCACCUUUCUCUUCACAUCUCAUAAAACACGCACAGAUUACGCAAUUCUCUUCCAGUUUAGUUUGAAGCCGUGCUCGUCCAAGCUCAGUGAAAUGGCAAUGUCACCAGAGAAUGAACAUCCAGUGAAGGCUUUCGGAUGGGCAGCCACAGACUCUUCAGGACAUCUCUCUCCCUUCAAGUUCUCAAGAAGGGCCACCGGAGAAAAGGAUGUAACUUUUAAGGUAUUAUAUUGUGGUAUAUGUCAUUCUGAUCUCCACAAUGUCAAGAACGAAUGGGGAGUAACUCCUUAUCCCGUUGUGCCCGGACAUGAGAUUGUAGGUGUGGUUACCGAAGUGGGCACCAAAGUGACAAAAUUCAAAGUCGGGGACAAAGUGGGUGUUGGAUGUAUGGUCGGAUCGUGUCACUCCUGUGCAAAUUGCAAAGAUGAUCUUGAGAAUUACUGUCCCAAAAUGAUCCUGUCCUAUGGUGCAAAGUACUAUGAUGGAACCGACACCUAUGGUGGCUAUUCGGACAUCAUGGUAUCAGAUGAGCACUUCGUGAUUAAAAUCCCCGACAACUUACCUCUUGAUGGUAGUGCUCCCCUCCUUUGUGCUGGGAUCACUGUCUAUAGUCCAUUGAAGUACUACGGGCUUGAUAAGGCCGGAAUGCAUAUAGGGGUGGUUGGGCUUGGUGGGCUUGGUCAUAUGGCUGUAAAGUUUGCUAAGGCCAUGGGCCUCAAAGUGACCGUCAUAAGUACCUCACCUAAUAAAAAGAAGGAAGCCGUGGACCAUUUGGGAGCCGAUGCAUUCUUGAUUAGCCGUAACACAGAAGAGAUGGAACUUGCGAUGGGUACGAUGGAUGGCAUCAUUGAUACAGUCUCGGCUAUGCAUGUUCUUUUGCCGUUGAUCGGACUCUUGAAAAAUAAUGGAAAGCUUGUCAUGGUUGGUGCACCAGCGAAGCCGCUUGAACUACUUGCAUUCCCACUCCUCAUGGGUAGAAAGAUGGUGGGAGGAAGCUGCAUUGGAGGGAUGAAGGAGACGCAAGAUAUGAUUAAUUUUGCAGCAAAGCACAACAUAAUCGCGGAUAUUGAGCUCAUUCCUAUGGAUUAUGUGAACAAUGCCAUGGAGCAUAUAUUAAAAGCCGAUGUUAAGUAUCGAUUUGUCAUUGACAUUGCCAAUUCAUUGAAGCCUUUCUAAUGAUGAUUCUGGUGGAUUACUACUUGGCUGAGUGUAUCUUGUUAUCUCAUAAUCAUGUACUACAACUAAGAUUUUGCUUCUACUUGUUAUCUCAUAAUCAUGUACCCAUUGGAAUAACUUUGACUACUUAGUGUAGAUAGCGACCUUAUUUUAGGUCGUUAUCCUCAGAAAGUAUGCAAUCCACAAAA